GUGUUUACUAUAGGUGAGACAGCCGUAUAAAUUCCUGCGUGUGCGCACAUCGCGUCCUCAGAGGAGAAUGGAAAAGGAGGAGGUGUAGGAGCAAGGAAAAAAAAAACCAAAAAAAAAACCAAGCGACACCAGAGGGGAGCGGAGCUGUAGCCGUGUUUACUGUUUACGCAGGAGAGAAUAGGCAGACUUCCAGUCAUCCAGGGCGGCAGUUGGAUGCGCUGCAGAGGAGGAGGAGGAGGAGGAAGAGGAAGAGGAAGAAGCGUGGAUGCUGGGAUUUAACGACAAAACCCAGAAAGGGAGGAUUAUUCGGUCAUAUUUUUUUUUAGAGUAACUUGGAUGCGGAAUACGCUCUUGGAGUCACCAGAAAUGGACCCGAGGUGUCGGAACUGAGACUUCCUCUUCUCUUCUUGUUCUGAUGACCACAGGCCCUCAUGGCGCUCAUUCAUGAAAGUCGUGCCCCCUCUCCUUCACUGUCCGGCUUCAACACACCCAUCUCCGACCCGCCGUCCUUUCGCCGCCUGGAUGCCGAAACGCCAUGCACCCCAGAAAUGGACCUCACCCCGACCCAGUGUGUGCUGCGCAACGUCCUGUCCAUAGACACCGGAGGCGCCGUCGAGCCCGGGGGCGGAGGAGGAGAGGGGCAAACUGCCGGGCACAACCAGACACCGGGCGAGGAACAACAGGAGCACUUUGCCAACAGUGUCCUGAAGCUCCACGAGCAUGAUGGGAGCCCAGGAAGGACAGAGGGAGAGGGGCAGGAGCUGGACAGCAGCGCAGUCAGGAGCCAGGCGGGUGACGCCAGGCUACAGUGCCAGUCUACAGGAGGGGGAGGAGGGUUUCUGGAGGGCUUGUUUGGGUGUCUGCGGCCUGUCUGGACUAUGAUCGGCAAAGCUUACUCCACAGAGCACAAGCACGACCUAGACGAGGCGUGGGAGGUCCCGUUUGAGGAGAUAUCUGACCUGCAGUGGGUGGGCAGCGGAGCCCAGGGUGCCGUCUUUCUGGGCAAACUGCAUGGACAAGAAGUCGCCGUGAAGAAAGUGCGAAACAUCAAAGAGACGGACAUCAAGCACCUGCGCAAGCUCAAACACCCCAACAUCAUCACGUUCAAGGGUAUUUGUACCCAGGCUCCAUGUUACUGCAUCAUCAUGGAGUACUGUGCCCAGGGACAGCUGUAUGAGGUGCUUAGGGCAGGCAGGCAGAUCCAGCCAUCCCUGCUCAUGGACUGGGCCAUGGGCAUCGCUGGAGGCAUGAACUACCUUCACCUCCACAAGAUCAUCCACAGAGACCUCAAGUCACCAAACAUGCUGAUCACGUAUGACGACUCAGUGAAGAUUUCUGAUUUCGGCACGUCCAAAGAGCUCAGCGACAAGAGCACCAAGAUGUCCUUCGCCGGUACGGUGGCCUGGAUGGCUCCAGAGGUCAUACGCAAUGAACCCGUCUCAGAGAAGGUGGAUAUUUGGUCCUUCGGCGUCGUGCUGUGGGAGAUGCUGACAGGAGAGGUGCCCUAUAAGGAUGUGGACUCCUCCGCUAUCAUCUGGGGAGUGGGCAACAACAGUCUGCAGCUGCCAGUACCCGAUGGCUGUCCAGACAGCUUCAAACUGCUCCUGAGGCAAUGCUGGAACUGCAAGCCAAGAAACAGGCCCUCCUUCCGACAGAUCCUCCUGCAUCUGGACAUCGCCUCAGCAGAUAUCCUGUCGACCCCACAGGAAACGUACUUUCAAUCUCAGGUGGAGUGGAGGGACGAGGUGAGGCACCACUUUGAGAAGAUCAAGUCUGAGGGGACGUGUCUCCACAGGCUGGACGAAGAGCUCAUCAAGCGACGCAGGGAAGAGCUCAGACACGCGCUGGACAUCCGGGAGCACUACGAGAGGAAGCUGGAGCGAGCCAACAAUCUGUACAUGGAGCUCAACGCCAUCAUGCUGCAGCUGGAGAUCAAAGAGAAGGAACUGCACAAGAGGGAGCAGUCACUGGACAAGAAGUACCCUGGCUGCUUCAAGCACCACAGCUCCAGACAGUCGGCCUCCUCCAACUCGAUGGAGAAACUCCUGAAGAAACGCAACGUACCUCAGAAACUGCCCUCACACAGCAAGAGGCCAGACUUGUUAAAGUCAGAGGUCAUCCUCCCAAAACUGGACUCUUCGAUGACCCAGGUCACGAUCCCCAACAAGGGCUCUACCUCCCCCGGCCGCUCACGCCGAGGAAAACCCCGCUACAGGAAGGCGGGUAAAGGCAGCAGCGGGGACCUGGCUCAGCUGAAAGCCACUCUCUCCUCUUCACUAGCAAUGGUCAACUCCACCACAUCUGUUCCCAGCAGCAAGCAGCAUCUGGACCCGAGUGCGGCCCUCAGAGGCCUGCAGCACGAUCUUCUGCUCAAGAAGAUGUACUCCUCGAGCCCGGACCUCAUUUCGACCACCCUGGAGGCUGAAGGGCGGAGGAAGGGGCAGGCCAGGCCGGGGCUGGACAGAGCGGGCAGCCAGAGCGCCUCGGCCGGGCUCGGGGAGAGUAGGACUGGAGGGCCAGAUGAGGGGCCGGACGUGGGUGCAGGGACGGACGAUCUGGCAGAUACACCUCCACGCAGUGACACGCCCAGCGAGGACGCAGGUUCGAUUCCGUUCUCCAGCAGCCCCGACUCGCCGUGUGGCCGGGGAGCAGCUGCAGGGAGGGCGUCCGUGCUCGGGAACCCCCGCGUUUCUCACGAAGGCGAAGAGAAGGAGGACGGCACGGUGAUCACACGCUCGCCCAGGAGUCAACGCCUCACACCUGCAGCACUGCUCUACAGGGCCGCAGUCACACGCAGUCAGAGACGUGGCGUGUCAUCAGAGGAAGAGGAGGGAGAGGUGGACAGUGAAGUGGAGUUGCCAAGGAGACGGCGUCCUGUGAGCAUGACAAAGUGCCAGUCGCUGUCCACCUUCAGCUCAGAGAACCUGUCGGUGUCGGACGGCGAGGAGGGAAACACUACCGACCACUCGCACAGCGGCACGCCAGACGUGGUCAGCACCAACACGGACGAGCGUCUGGACGACAAGAGCGACGACCUUUUGUCUCAGGGCUCGGAAAUUCCCGCCGACCCGUCCGACCCCACCCAGCUGGGCUCUGACGGGUUGUCUGAGAAGGAAGCUAUUCUUCGCCAAGUCAAGACCCAGCUCGCCAGUAAUGACCACAAUUAUGAGGGCCUCUACGAUGACUCGGACUGUGACAGUGCAGAGCUGGACCACUCAGGCAGUGCAGAACCCAGCCAACCACCAAGCAACUGGUGAAAGUCCGACAUCCCAGCCCACUCAAACACCCGCAGAUCGGGCCGGUGAAUGCCUCUCUUACUCUUACAGGAAGGGGGUCAUGAUCAGGGACAUUGAAGAGAGGCAGGAAACGAAGGCCCGGGUCUUUCACCACAAGCAGAAACGCAAAUCAAAUCCUCGGUGGGUGUCCUCAAAGAAUCUUGCAAAAAAAACAUAAAAUCCCAUUUCCUUUAGAGGUAAAUGCAUCACAGUGAUGUGAAACUGAAUCGGGACAUGAGCCGAGUCGACGGCGCAGCAAACCCCCCCUCUGGUCACCCCCAACAACCGGCUCAAGAUCAGCUUUGCAAGAACAAAUGACACCUCAGUGACAGACACCUCGGUCAAAGAGGCCCUCUACCUGACUGUCUAUUAAUAUCAUCUUCCAGGUCAAUUUGUAUUUUUUCCUCUCCGUUAUGAAAAUGUGUCAUUUAUACGUUAUUUCACAUCAUGUCAUAUGAGAACAUAAUUAUAAAAUCCUAUCAGGGCUUCUAUUAUACUUCAAUGUUUCCCUUGACAGCAUUAGUGGGACAGACGCUGAUGUUGCUGCUUGCACUUAAUUUAUGAAAUGUACUGAUUUCCUAGUGAUCACUGUGUCAUAUUGAAUUUCCUCUAAAAAAAGAAAUAUUAUGCACUAAUUUAUUGUUAAUUUACAGUGAAAUUCAUUGAUAUUCCUGAAGAACAACGAUUACAUGUUUUGAUUUGAGUUGUUUGCAUUUUUAUUUAUAUUUACGUCAUGGGUUAUGUUUCCAUUUUAUACUCCUGUGUUUUAAUAUAAGUGUAAAUAUGUGAUGUUGUAAAAUGAACAAAUUUUUUAAAAACGUGAGAUUGUAUAAUUUAAAGGUGCUGAUGUUUCUAAUUUGUUUGGCGCUAAUCUAUUUGAACCUCAAAAAGCUUAUGGUAGUAGAAUGUACUGUAGCUGCUGUUCAUGUCUGAGCAUCAAAACACAGAUAAAAGAGGAACAUGUGAACAAAGUAAAAGCAAUAUGUCUGCUCUGGUA